CAUCACUCAUUUUGUUGCUAUCGUUGCUCUCUUCCCCACCAUUUUUAUUUUAAUUCCCUUGUUUGUCAUCCUCCAUGGUUGUUUACAUUCAAAUACAAGAGAGAACAAAAAAUGGUUGCAGGUGAAGCCCAGUUCGAACAGAAAUACGAUCGAGCGAGUGAAAUCAAAGCUUUCGACGAGACAAAAGCCGGUGUCAAAGGCCUCGUAGAUGCCGGAGUUUCGGAGGUUCCUCGAAUGUUUCAUCGGCCACCUGAUGCCUUCGGGGAAGCCUAUGUUCCAGGCGCCUCCCAGUUCAGUAUCCCUGUUAUAGAUCUUCAAGGAGUGCAGGGGGAUCGUGGUGCUCGGAAAUCGAUCGUUGAACAAGUCCGUAAUGCUUCCAAGGAAUGGGGUUUCUUUCAGAUCAUUAACCAUGGAAUUCCUGUGAGUUUUCUCGAGGAGAUGAAGGUUCGUGUACGUCGGUUUUUCGAGCAAGACGUUGAGCUCAAAAAACAGUACUACACUCGUGAUAAUAUGAAGAAAGUUGUCCAUAAUUCCAAUUUCGAUCUCCUUACUGCUCCUGCAGCUAAUUGGAGGGACUCUGUUUACUGCAAAAUGACUCCUGAUCCUCCUAGGCCGGAAGAGUUGCCCGAACCAUUCAGGGAUAUUAUGUUCGAGUACACAGACGGAGUGAUGAGUUUGGGUCAUUUGCUCUUCGAGUUGAUAUCAGAAGCUCUGGGAUUGAAUCCUGAUCAUCUGUUGAAGAUAGACUGCGCAAAGGGUCUAGGUCAUCUGUGCAACUACUAUCCGGCAUGUCCGCAGCCGGAAUCGACAAUCGGGGCAAGCAAGCAUGCUGAUAGUACCUUCAUCACGGUGCUUCUGCAAGACCAUAUAGGUGGUCUCCAAGUUCUUCAUGAAAAUCAAUGGAUCGAUGUGCCUCCAGUCCCUGGAGCUUUGGUAGUUAACAUUGGAGACCUUUUACAGCUUAUAUCGAACGACAGUCUUGUGAGCGUGGAGCAUCGGGUGCUGGCGAACUCUGUCGGACCUAGAGUGUCGGUGGCGAGCUUUUUCGUCACAGGUUCUCAUCUGAACCCGAGAUUGUAUGGACCAAUUAAGGAGUUGUUGUCAGAAGAUAAUCCUCCCAAAUACAGGGAAACUACUGUGAUGGAAUAUGUGGCUCACUUCCAAAACAAGGGCCUUGAUGGAAACUCUGCACUGCUGCAUUUCAGGAUAUGAACUAGCUCCCUCUAAAUAAAGAAUAGAUUCUAUGAAUGUAUGUAUGCAUGUAUGCAUGCAUGUUUGGUCCAUAGUUCUGGUCUCUAUUGAUUUGGAUUCUUCUUGUUGUCUUUCCCCCCCUAUUUUGGUGUUUUGUGGUCUGUGGGAUUGAGUCCAUAUAUGUCGAAGGGUUUGAAUUAGAGAUGGCAAUGGGUCGGGUCGGGUUUUUGGGCCACCCGACCUGACCCGAGAAGAAAGGGUCCUCCA